AUGCAUGACGAUGAUGGACUUGCAGAGACAGGCUUCUACCCAGGAAUGCUGUUGUUAUGUAUCCGGGUCUGUGUUGUCGAGCGCUUCGCUCAUACCCCAGGUGGUCAGCCUCCUUUCACCCUCGUCUUCAUCAUUCUGAUGUCGCUAGCGUACAUGUCUAUCGUUCAUCGUGGGAAGCUGAGUCCGUGGGUGGCUGGGCUCAGCGUCGAAAUGACGCAGGUAGUAUGCUGUAUUCUUCUCAUCACAGUUUCGCAUCCAGUGGCUGAAGCGGAUCCGCGCAGCGAGGGGCACAACAUCGGCCGGCUUGGCGAUCGGCAUUACCAACGUUUUUCGCGUGGCACUGUGGCGGCCGUUGGGAUGUCCUGGUUCUUCGUCGUGCAAGGAGACCCGGAGAGGGCUUCGGUGGCCGCGGCUUCCACCGGUAUUGAUGAGCCGGGCAGUAACGGAUCGGACACGAACGCGGUGGACACCUGUGGCGCCGUGCCUCGAAGCCAAGAACCUGCUUGGGAAAAGUCCUAG